AUGCACCUCCUCCCGCGUGAGCACGAGAAGCUCCUUCUCCACCAGACUGGGUUUCUUGCCCAGAAACGACUCGCACGCGGCCUCAAGCUUAACCUUCCUGAAUCCAUUGCCCUCAUCGCCUGCCAGUUGCACGAACGUAUACGCGAUGGCAUACAUGACGUCGCACGGCUCAUGCAUCACGGAAAAACAAUGCUCGGUCGACGUCACGUUCUCCCAAGCGUUCCUAGCCAGUUACACGAGAUCCAGGUCGAGGGCACGUUCACUGACGGUGUAUUCCUGGUGACUGUACACGACCCGGUGUGCACAGAAGACGGCGACCUUGAAGCUGCUCUGUAUGGCUCCUUCCUACCCAUUCCUUCUCAAGACAACUUCCCAAUCGGUGACGUCUCGUUAUACUCCCGUGACAAGCUUCCAGGUGCCAUCAUCCCGAAGAAGGAGAGAGUUUUGAUCAAUCGCGGUCGCAGACGUGUUCAGCUGAGGGUAACGAAUAACGGAGACCGUCCUAUCCAGGUAGGGUCGCACUAUCACUUCAUCGAAACGAACCCAAGCCUCUCGUUCGACCGCCUACUCGCAUAUGGCAUGCGCCUCGAUAUCCCUUCCGGGACAGCAGUCCGUUUUGAGCCCGGCGACUCGAAGAGAGUGACGCUUUGCGAGAUUGCGGGGCUGAAAGUCAUUACCGGCGGAAAUGGGCUUGCAACUGGUGUUGUGGACUUGCGGAGGUCGGACGAGAUAAUAGCGAACAUUUUGGCGCGUGGAUUUGCCCAUGCACCAGAACCUGGCGCGCAAGAGAUAACCGUCGACUCUGACCUGAGUCGCGCGUCAUAUAUCUCCAUGUUUGGGCCUACAGUUGGCGACAGGGUGCGGUUAGGCGAUACUUCACUGUGGAUAGAGGUUGAGUGGGACAAGACAGAAUACGGUGAUGAAGUAAAGUUUGGCGGAGGCAAGAGCAUCCGUGAAGGCAUGGGUCAGGCCACGAACAGACGUUCGGCCGACACGUUAGAUCUUGUUAUCACGAAUGCCCUCAUUGUCGACUGGACUGGGAUAUACAAAGCGGAUAUUGGCGUCAAAGGUGGCAGAAUCGCUGCGAUAGGCAACGCAGGCAAUCCAGAUGUCAUGGCAAAUGUUCAUCCCAGUCUCGUCAUCGGGUCGUCGACCGAAGUGAUAGCAGGAGAGAAGCUCAUCGUUACUGCAGGCGCUAUUGACGCACACGUGCACUACAUUUGUCCUCAGCAAGUUACCGAAGCUUUGGCUGCAGGGACAACCACUAUGAUAGGUGGCGGUACAGGACCAAGUGCCGGUACAAACGCAACUACGUGCACGCCUAGCCCAUUCUACAUGAGAACCAUGCUUGCCGCCACUGAUGGCCUACCUAUGAACUUCGCGUUCACCGGCAAGGGCAACGAUUCUGGGCCCACUGCUCUCGAAGACAUCAUCAAGGCAGGUGCUGCUGGACUUAAGCUUCAUGAAGAUUGGGGUUCCACCCCCGCUUCGAUUAGGUCGUGUCUAGACGUCGGAGACAAGUAUGACGUCCAAGUUAACAUCCACACCGACACGCUGAACGAGAGCGGAUUUGUACAAAGCACAAUCGACGCCUUCGGGGGCAGGACGAUACACACGUACCACACGGAAGGUGCCGGCGGCGGCCACGCUCCCGAUAUCAUCGUUGUUUGUGGUCUACCAAACGUACUCCCGUCAUCGACCAACCCGACACGUCCCUAUGCCCAAAAUACUCUCGACGAGCAUCUCGACAUGCUCAUGGUCUGCCACCAUCUUGACAAAUCUAUCCCCGAGGAUAUAGCUUUCGCAGAGUCCCGCAUUCGCGCAGAGACCGUCGCCGCCGAGGACGUGCUGCACGACAACGGCGCUAUCUCCAUGAUCAGCUCCGACUCGCAAGCGAUGGGCCGCGUCGGCGAGGUCGUCUCGCGCACAUGGCGCACCGCAAGCAAGCUGCGCGACUUCCGCGGCCCGCUCGCAGGCCUCGGAGACGAGCCCGGGCGCGAUAACGGGCGCGUGAAGCGCUACAUCUCGAAGUAUACGAUCAACCCUGCGAUCACCCACGGCAUCGGUCACUUGGUUGGAUCCGUCGAGCCCGGAAAGCUUGCUGAUCUCGUCCUAUGGAAGCCGGAGAACUUUGGCGCCAAACCAGAGAUGGUCCUCAAGUCCGGUGUCAUCGCGUGGUCGCAGAUGGGCGACGCGAACGCAUCCAUACCGACGGUCCAACCCUCGUACGGCAAGCCCAUGUGGGGCUCGUACCCAACUGCAGCGGCACUCAACUCUAUCUCGUUCGUCUCCAAAUUCUCCAUCGACUCGGGUACCGUCGCCUCGUACAGGCUCUCGAAGCGUUUCGAGCCGGUCAUCAACUGUCGAAAUAUCACCAAACGGGAUAUGAAGUGGAACGACUCGAUGCCCCAGAUGGGCGUGGAUCCAGAAACUUACGAAGUCACCGCAGACGGAGAACACCAAACGAUCGAGCCUGCCACGAUGCUGCCACUAGGAAGGGAAUACAAUUUAUUCUAA